GCAUGUUGGCGUUUGAAAUCCUCUAUAAGUAUGGGUCUCCGUCUUUAACUUCAGACCGUUCACUAUUUAAUACAGAUUUCGUCAUUUAAGCUACCCGCCUCUGCUUCUUCGUUCAGUGUAGCAAUUAGCAAAAUCAUUUGAAGACCUCCAUUGAUGGCUGCUCUAAGGAGCUUACUCAGGAAAAGAUCUUUAACGUGCAACGAGAUGACGAUGUCAAGGAGGCUAGUCUCCACCGAACCGGUUAUCGAUUCUCCUUCUUUUGCUCAAAGACUUAGGGAUCUUCCCAAGGAUCUUCCUGGUACUAAAAUCAAGAGGGAGGUUUCCCAGCUAAUUGGAAGGACGCCUCUUGUUUUUCUUAAAAGUAACCGAUGGCUGCGGAGCGUAUUGCUGUAGAUGAUGCAGCCCACU